CUGACGUCGUGGCGAGGACAUAUUCCCCCCGAAGCAGCGGUGUGACAUUCCAGCGGUUUAGAGGGCUGGCGCGGCGCGAAGGGGUGCGGGAUCAGAGCCUGACGGUGCCGCCUAUAUGAAGAUGCUGAUGUGUGACCGCGGCGUCCAGAUGCUGGUGACGACAGUGGGCGCGUUCGCCGCCUUCAGCCUGAUGACCAUCGCGGUGGGCACGGACUACUGGCUCUACUCCCGCGGCGUCUGCCGCGUCAAGAGCAGCGGGGACAACGACACCAGCCGCAAGAACGAGGAGGUGAUGACGCACUCCGGCCUCUGGAGGACCUGCUGUCUGGAAGGUCUGACUUUCAGAGGUGUGUGUAAGAAGAUAGACCAUUUUCCAGAGGAUGCUGAUUACGAGGCAGACGCUGCUGAAUACCUCCUCCGUGCAGUGCGAGCUUCCAGCAUCUUCCCCAUCAUGAGUGUGGGUCUUCUGUUCCUGGGAGGACUGUGUGUGGCCGCCAGCGAGUUCUACCGGAGUCGACACAACGUCAUCCUCAGCGCUGGGAUCUUCUUCGUCUCUGCAGGCCUCAGUAACAUCAUCGGCAUCAUCGUCUACAUCUCGGCCAACUCGGGCGACCCGGGCCAGAGUGACAGUAAGAAGUCCUACUCAUACGGAUGGUCCUUCUACUUCGGCGCCCUCUCCUUUAUCAUGGCGGAGAUGGUGGGCGUGCUGGCCGUGCACAUGUUCAUCGAGAAGCACCGCAAGCAGCGGGCCAAGUCCCGCACCGAGCUCAUCAAGAAAGCUGCCUUCAGCCGCAUCCCCUCCUACCGCUACCGCUUCCGCCGCCGCUCCAGCGUGCGCUCAUCCGAGGCGCCGAGCCGUGACACGUCCCCGCUGGGGAAGGGUGGCUACACGGGGCCAGCCGCCUCCGAGAUGCCCAUGUACACGCUGAACCCCCGCGAGCCAGGCAAUGCCGGCGCCAAGUCGGCCACAGGCAGUGGUGGCAUAGGCGGGCUGCUCAACUCGGAGAGGGAGUUCCUCCAGAGCAGCACGCUCACCAAGGACUACAGCAAGGACCCCAACCGGAGGACCACGCCCGUCUGA